CGAUCUUCUCUUUAUAUAACCCUACUUCAUAAAAAGUCUUCUCCACAAAAAUCCCUUUCCAAAACACUUUCUCAGUUACCAUGGACGAGGACACCCGUCUUCCCCGAUACUGAUCUCGACCUCAGCUUUACCUCUACUUUCACAGACCGAACUUUUGCUUCUUCCAGUGCCCGCUCCAGUCUUGCCCGUUCCAGCCUCACUCUCAGCUUCAAUGACCGUCUUUCCAACACCUCCACCACCAACGUUGUCACCGCCGCUACCACCAACGCUCUCCGCCAUCGUAAAUCCGACCCACAUUGGUCCGCUAUCAAGGCGGCCACCACCCUUUCCUCCGACGGAACCCUCCAUCUCCGUCAUCUCAAGCUAGUACGCCAUCUGGGUACUGGCAACCUUGGCCGUGUAUUCCUCUGCCACCUAAGGGACUGCAGUACCGCCACCUUCGCCAUAAAGGUCAUCGACAGAGACUCCCUUACCGCGAAGAAGCUUUCUCACGUGCAAACCGAAGCUGAGAUUCUCUCCGUGCUCGACCACCCUUUCCUCCCUACACUCUAUGCUCACAUGGAAGUCUCCCACUACACCUGUCUCUUAAUCGACUACUGCCCUAAUGGUGACCUUCACUCUCUUCUCCGUAAGCAGCCCGGCAACCGGCUACCGGUUCAGGCCGUGAGAUUCUUCGCCGCCGAGGUUCUAGUUGCGUUGGAGUAUUUACACGCGCUAGGGAUUAUUUACCGGGAUCUAAAACCGGAAAACAUUUUACUGCGCGAGGACGGCCAUAUCAUGUUGUCCGAUUUCGAUUUGUGCUUCAAGGCCGACGUGGUCCCCACUUUCAGUACCCGGGUCGUUAAUGUCGGGUCCACGCGCGGAAGAAGCUCCGGUUGUUUCGGUGCGGGUAAGGAACCGGGUGAUGAGAUCGUGGCUGAGUUCGCAGCUGAGCCGGUAACGGCGUUUUCAAGGUCAUGCGUGGGAACCCACGAGUACUUGGCGCCGGAGUUAGUUUCCGGCAAUGGUCACGGUAACGGAGUGGACUGGUGGGCGUUCGGGGUGUUCGUUUACGAGCUCCUGUACGGGACGACGCCAUUUAAGGGAGGGAGCAAAGAGAGCACCCUGCGCAAUAUAGCGUCGACAAGGCAGGUAAGCUUCUACGUGGCGGAGAAAGAGGAGGAAGGCAUGGCCGAGGCCAGAGACUUGAUUGGGAAGCUGCUGGCGAAGGAUCCAAGGAAGAGGCUAGGGUGCACGUGGGGUGCACAGGAUAUUAAACGGCACCCGUUCUUCGAUGGGAUAAAGUGGCCGUUGAUCAGGAACUACAAGCCGCCGGAGGUGCGGGGGCUGGUGAAGAAAACUAGGGCCCACGUGAGUAGUAACGUGACGGCCGUCUCCCCGAAGAGGAGGCGUUGUUGGUGGAAGGGGGUUGGUUAUUUUAGGAAAAUAAAAAAUUAUAAUCAAAAUAAUAGUAAUUAUUACCAUUAUCUUAGUUCUCGUAAAAAUUAAAUUACCAAAUAUGCCUACGUCCGGACAGUUGACUUUUCGGUUUCCUUUUUUGAAAUAUAAAUUACGAGGAGGUUGUAAAAUUAGAGAGCAGUAAUAGUAAGUUUUGCUUUUUACAGUGUAUAUGAAUGAAUAUACAAAUAACAG